AUGGGGAUCAGGGAGAGGUCCUGGCGGCGCGGGGUGCUGGAGCAGCUGCACCGCAUGCGGCGCGGCAACCAGCACCUCGAGGGGGCCUGGAUCGAGCUCCUGGAGAAGGCCCCGCCCGCUGCGGAGGACCUCCUGGAGGCGGUCACGGUGAUGCCCCGGGAGGAUCCGCACGCCGGGCACCACACAGGGCCCCGAUCCGUCCAGAAACGCUACGCUGGCAGCGACGCGCGCGCGGCCAGAGGGUGGAGCUCCGCUGGGGCCGAGGGCAGGGCUCGGAGCGUCGACAGCUCUCGCGUUCCAGGCACGGUGGCCAUCCCGGUCAGGCGGCGGCGGGACCGAAUUCCAGUUGGCAGGGACAACGCCCCGCAACCGCAGGGCAGCGUUCAUACCUUGAUCGAGUUCCCUAGCGGCUCUUUCGCACAGUCCUUUGAUCCUGGAGACCCAUGGGUGUUCGCGCUGCGAGUGGAGGUGAGUGUCGACGUCGCUGCUGGCUAUGGGAUCGAGGCCGUCUCCAUCGUCAUCCUGGUGGAGGUUGGCACGGAGAUGAGGGCGGGGCACUGGGGAUUUCUUCACAUCUACAUAUAUAUAUAUACGCACACCUACAUCUACAUCGACACCUACAUCUACAUAUGGACCUACAUAUACAUCUACACCUACAGCUACAUCUACACCUGCAUCUACAUAUACAUCUACAUCUACGUCAACAGCGAGACUCACAUCUACACCUAUAUCUACACCUACAUCUACAUCUACAUCUACAUCUACAUCUACAUCUACAUCUACAUCUACAUCUACAUCUACAUCUACAUCUACAUCUACAUCUACAUCUACAUCUACAUCUACAUCUACAUCUACAUCUACAUCUACAUCUACACCUACACCUACACCUACACCUACACCUACACCUACGCCUACGCCUACGCCUACAUCUACAUCUACAUCUACAUCUACAUCUACAUCUACAUCUACAUCUACAUCUACAUCUACAUCUAA